AUUUUUCCCAAUCGAAAAAAGGAAUAAACUCACAAAAGUAAUACAUCGAACAAGGAGAAAAUCCCGAGACUACUUGGCGAAGCCUUCGCGCGUGUUCUUUUUUCAUACAAUGACAGAAAACGGUCACUCUAACCCAUCCGAGCAUAGCCCUCUGCUGCAAAAUGGCCAACCUACGGUGAACGGGACGUUUACUCACAGCAGCGGAUCCUCGCCGUCCGACUCGGAAUGUUCAACGCCAAUCCUCGCCGCCGACCUCGAGAGGGUCGUCAGCGCGGCCGAGGAUGCCGGUCUCCCGGGCCCAGGUAUUGGGGGAGGCGGUAGAAGCGACGCCAACGAGGCCCGGAACGGUUCGAGUGGCGGUGGCGGCAGCAGGAGGCCCGGGUCACCUCCCCCAAACAUGAAGCUUCUGAUGCCCGCCAUCAGCAUCGGCGUUUACCUCUGCGCCGUGGACCAGCUCCUGGCCGUCGCAACGUACGCCAAGAUUGGCAGCGACCUGAAUGCCUUGAACAGCACAUCCUGGGUAGCAACCGCUUACUUUCUCACCCUCACAAGCUUCCAGCCCCUAUCCGGCAAGCUCAGCGACAUCUUCGGGAGGAAAGAGUGUCUCCUCGCUUCGUACUUCAUCUUUGGCCUGGGAUGUCUUGGAUGCGGGCUUGCCCGGGAUAUGAAUCAAUUGAUCAUUGCAAGGGCCGUCUCUGGCAUCGGUGGCGGCGGCAUGACCAGUGUUGUCAGCAUAUUACUCACAGAUCUGGUCCCCUUACGGGAGAGAGGAGUAUGGCAGGGCUAUAUUAACGUCGUUUACGCCAUGGGAUCCGCGACCGGCGCCCCCAUAGGAGGUCUACUCGCCGACUCUGUCGGUUGGCGGUGGUCCUUCAUCGGCCAGUUCCCCAUCUGUCUUGCUGCCUUCGCCGCAGUCUACUUUAUUCUCAAGUCGCCCGACGCGGGACAUUCGCACUGGAAGGAGAAGCUUGCCAAGAUCGACUUUCUCGGAGCAGCCUGUCUCAUCGCUGCCGUCUUCUCUCUCCUGCUGGCGUUGGACAACGGAAGCAACAACGGCUGGAGUGAGCUGUUCACGGUGGUCUCGCUGGCCCUCGCCCCCUUUCUUUUCAUCGUCUUCGUCCUGAUUGAGAUGAAGGUCGCAUCGCACCCCUUCGCACCCGGUCACAUCAUCUUCGAUAGAUCAUUGUUCGCUUGUUAUGCUGCCAACUUUUUCGGCGUCGGUGGCCAAAUGCCUGUGUGGUUUUACCUGCCGCUGUUGUACCAGGCUUAUUAUGGCAUGACUGUCGUCGAGGCAAGUCUCUUGUUUAUACCAGGCUCUAUCGCCGGUGUAGUUGCUUCCCUGGGUGGAGGAUACAUCAUCAAGAGGACCGGCCGGUACUACUGGCUCACGGUUGCCUCGUAUGCGACGCUGUUUCUCAGCUCCCUGCCCUUGGUGCUCUGUACCGGGAUCCUGACGGACUCUGUUGUGGGCACAACCGUUGGCCUGGCCUUGUCAUCAUUUGGUAAUGGUGCAGGUCUGACAACAACACUCGUCGGUCUCAUCUCCAAUGCGGCAACCGAAGAUGCGGCCGUGGUGAUAGCGUGUUCGUACCUGUUCCGUUCACUCGGGCUGUCGAUCGGCGUGAGCGUCAUGUCGGCCGUGAUGCAGCAAGCCCUGCGCACGCAGCUUGCGGCCAAGCUCGGUGACGGUGACGAGGCCCUGCGUAUAGGAGAGCGCGUGCGUGAGAGCCUCGACUAUAUCGGUCAGCUCGAACCCCAGCUGGCCGACGUCGUUCGCAAGUCCUACAGGUUCGGCGUCGCGGCCGUCUUCAUGGCCAACACCGUCUUUUUGUUCUUUGCCUUGGUGGCCGCCUUUUAUAUCCGCGAGAAGAGGGUCACGAAGUGAGAGAAAAUGAAAGGAAAAUGCUGAGAUAAAGAGAAACGAUUGUUACACACAAGUGCUCUCCCCACCUUCUAGCUGGACGUCCAAAAAAGAUGCUGCUGCAAUGGGGAGCUUUGUAUCUAUUUUAAAGGCAUUUCCCUGCGGGCAUCAUACAACGAACUGUCAUGAGGUAGGGCUCUUUCUCUACUUGACUCGAAAGAAAAUAGGGAUAGGACGAGUCUAGCCACGAGACAAGAUUAGGAGAGGGAGAGGGAGAGAGGGAGAGAGAUUGAAACAAGAAGGUUGCGUCAGUCAUCAAAGAAAACAAAGGCAAAACUAUGCUUAGCAUCAAAUAAAUGGGUCAACCUUAAGCUGCCCAUAGGAUCCAUUCCCCCUUUAGCGCCAUUGGAAAUGCCUUUUUUGGUUUCUGGUCUUCAGAAUGAGAAGGACAAGAGACGGAAAAAGAAUCAAAUAAAUAACAAACAAAAUUCCGCCUCUCGCUAGGUAAAUUGGUCGUCAUCAUAUAUAUGCCCAUCCGGGUUUUGGGUUGUGUCAAGGAAGAAAAAAAAGAGAUAAGAGAAAAAAAAAAGAAAAAAGAAAAACCCCUUUUUUUAUUUUUCCCACGUCCAUCUACAAGUUGAAGCUCCUCCUAGGAAAGCUAACGCCCUCGACUGCUGGGUUGUCGACGAACCAAGAACACCUGUCGCCUGUGCCUUGGUUCACGAGGGCGCACGGCAGGCCAGACUCCUGGUCAAAGAUCUGCUUCAUGAUGUCCUUCUUGCCGCCGCCGGUGGCGACAAAGGCGACGCGCACGCUGUGGGUGACCACGGGCAGGGUCAGGGUAAUGCGGCGGGGCGGGGGCUUGGGGCUGUCCUCGAUGGGGGCGACCCAGGCGCUCGUCUCACGCAGCAGCUCGUGUCCCGGGAAAAGGCUGCAGGUGUGGCCGUCGGGGCCGCAGCCGAGCAGCAGCAGGUCGAAGAUGGGGAGCUUGACGCUGUCGCGGCUGGCGAAGCUGCGGACCAGGGUCUGCUCGUAGCGGUCGGCCAGCUCCUGCGUGUCGUCGAGGACCUCGAUGUCGAUGGCGUGAACGGUCGGCUGGGGGCCCUGGAUCUUGUCCAGAAGCUCCUUCUUGAGCAGGCCAUAGUUAGAGUCCUCGUGGUCGAGCGGCACGGCGCGCUCAUCGGCGAAGAAUAUCUCCCACUUGUCCCAGCGCACCUCGGGCUCGCCGGGCGCCGGAGCGGCGAGGAGGGCCUGUGCCAGGGUCUUGGGUAGAGAGCCGCCCGAGACGGCGACCUUGAAGACGUCGUGUCUUGUUAUGCCGGCGUCUUGGCACUGGAUGACGUAGGAUCGGAGCGCGGGGGCGAGCGCAUCAACGCCCGCAAAGGCGAAAAGGUUGGCUUGCUUGCCCAUUGUGGUGAGGAUGAAUGCGAAGGACGAGGAGAGUGCAAAGAGGAAGAUGAGGGGAGAGUAAGCACAGAGAGGCGAAGGUGCCAGCAGGCAGCGUGGCGAUCGCAAAAGUAGCUGAUGGUUCGUCCUGUCUAAUAUAUGAAGAGCUUUGCGCGGGGCUUUUUUUUUCUCUUUUGAUGUUAUAUGUUGCCAAGCUUGGGAUUAAAAGCUUGAACCGAUAAAACGAAGGCGGGGUUUGGACUAGAAAAUGGUGAUUAAGCGUUUGCAAUUAUGAAUUUUCUUCUUCUUGGGUUGGUAGUGGGUUUUGAGGUGUUGGUUCGAUGGUGGGUAGAAGAAGGAUGGUGGGUGUGGGUUGUUGUGUGUGAGUGAGUGCCUGAGGUAAGUACCACGCCACGCAGUAGACAGCUGAGUGCAAAGGAGAUCCAAGAGGGAGGAAAAGGAGGGAUUUAAUUGUGGGUGCUCCUAGUCGAGUAAUGUAUGGCAAGGCAAGUACCGGGCUGUAAAUAAUAAA